GUGGUGGCCUCAGGUGUGUUCAAUGUUCAGUGUACUCGCGGCUUCCCGACCGCGCUAACGCAAGAUGUAUACGAGAGUGUUGUUGGUGAAGUGACUUAAGGAUUUAACACUUCUUAUACUGCUGGUUUAGAAGAUGGCGACUUCGGGAGGAAAGUCGCGGCGGGAGGAGGCGAGCGAUAACUCCGACGAUGAACUGCUGCCUCUACCAAACGAUGUAUACGGCGGCAGUCAAAGAACAGUGAACGAAACGAAAGGAUGGGACGUCUUCAGAGAGUUCCCUCCGAAGCAGGAGAGUGGCUCUAUGGAGAGUCAGAAAUGUCUGGAGUUUACUAUAAGAGUCCUCAAAGUAUUGGCGUAUACUGUAACCUUCAUCGUCGUCUUAGGAUCUGGUGUGAUAGCCAAAGGAACGGUCCUAUUUAUGACAUCACAAUUAAAAAAAGACAGACGACUCGCAUAUUGUAAUAGGAAUUUAGGUAGGGAUAAACAAUUUAUAGUGAGUUUGCCGGACGAGGAAAGAAUAGCAUGGAUGUGGGCUCUUCUUGCGGCUUUUGCGAUACCAGAAAUAGGAACAUUAAUAAGAGCAGUUCGAAUCUGCUUUUUCAAAUCAGCUAAGCGACCAACUAGCGUGCAAUUCAUUGUGAUAUUCAUAGCAGAAUCCUUGCACACCAUUGGUUUGGGCUUAUUGUUCUUCAAAAUUCUACCAGAAUUAGACGUCGUAAAGGGUGCCAUGAUAACCAACUGUCUUUGUAUAGUGCCAGCAAUUCUUGGCUUACUAUCACGUAGUUCUCGAGAUUCGAAACGAUUUAUGAAGACAAUAGUUGACAUGGCUGCUAUAGUUGCACAAGUCACCGGUUUCAUUGUCUGGCCGUUACUUGAAAAUAAACCAGUUUUGUGGCUCAUCCCCAUUUCGGCACUCUGCAUAUCUUUGGGAUGGUGGGAAAAUUACGUUACCCGCCAGAGUCCUAUCGGUAUAAUCAAGAGUCUCGGUAGAUUAAAAGAUGAUUUUAAUUCCAGUCGAUAUUACACAUACCGCAUUAUGUCUGUAUGGAAAAUUAUUUUGUUUGUCAUGUGCAUUCUAUUUUCUAUUUGGAUGGAUGGCGACGAACCAGCUAUGUUUUUCCAGCUGUUCAGCCCUGGUUUUAAGCCACAUAAUAUCGUCGUAGAAGAGGUUCAAAUACAAUUAGGUGGUACAGUAAUUCCUGAUCUUGCAAACGCAACUCUUACUGGGGACUCGGUUGAAGUUGCAGCGGUAUAUAAAUCUGCGUUUUACGUGAUGCUAAUACAAAUUUUCGCAGCAUAUUUUUGUUAUAUUUUCGGAAAGUUUGCUUGUAAAAUUCUCAUACAAGGCUUCAGUUACGCUUUUCCUAUAAAUUUGGUGAUACCAUUAGUAGUUAACUUUUUGAUAGCGGCUUGUGGAUUAAGAAAUGGUGACACUUGUAUUUUCCAUGGUACUAUACCGGAUUACCUGUUUUUCGAGAGCCCUCCAGUAUUUACACUAAGCGAUUUCAUUUCUCGACAAAUGGCAUGGAUAUGGCUGCUGUGGUUGCUAUCGCAAACGUGGGUCACGAUCCAUAUUUGGACACCGAAAGCAGAACGUUUGGCUUCAACCGAAAAAUUGUUUGUGCUUCCAAUGUAUAAUGGAUUACUUAUUGAUCAAAGUAUGGCCCUUAAUAGAAAAAGAGACGACCAGAAAGACGUAAAAACAGAGGAUUUAGCAGAAAUAGAGAAAGAGAAAGGUGAUGAAUAUUACGAAACAAUAUCCGUUCACACGGAUAAUACUGGUCCAUCGCCCAAAACUAUAAAAUCAUCGGAUCAAAUAACAAGAAUUUAUGCGUGUUGCACUAUGUGGCAUGAAACUAAAGACGAGAUGAUGGAGUUCUUGAAGUCUAUUCUACGUUUGGACGAGGACCAAUGUGCGCGACGGGUAGCACAGAAAUAUUUAAGGGUUGUAGAUCCCGAUUACUAUGAAUUUGAAACUCACAUAUAUUUAGACGACGCUUUCGAAAUAUCGGAUCACAAUGACGAUGAUUCACAAGUUAAUCGUUUUGUGAAGCUUCUUGUGGAUACUAUCGACGAAGCAGCUUCUGAGGUCCAUCAAACAAUCAUACGUGUCCGACCGCCGAAGAAGUAUCCAGCGCCGUAUGGUGGAAGACUGUCAUGGGUUCUGCCAGGAAAAACUAAAAUGAUCUGCCAUCUGAAAGACAAAUCUAAAAUUCGUCACAGGAAACGUUGGUCUCAGGUGAUGUACAUGUACUAUUUAUUGGGACACCGUCUAAUGGAGCUGCCAAUAUCAGUGGAUCGUAAAGAGGUUAUGGCUGAAAAUACAUACUUGUUGACCCUUGAUGGCGAUAUUGAUUUCCAACCCCAUGCAGUGCGUCUGUUGAUUGAUUUAAUGAAAAAGAACAAAAAUCUGGGAGCAGCUUGUGGUCGUAUUCAUCCAGUUGGCUCUGGUCCCAUGGUAUGGUAUCAAUUGUUUGAGUAUGCGAUUGGUCAUUGGCUGCAAAAGGCGACUGAGCAUAUGAUCGGCUGCGUACUUUGUAGUCCCGGGUGCUUCUCUUUGUUCAGAGGAAAAGCUCUGAUGGACGACAACGUUAUGAAAAAAUAUACACUGAGAUCUGAUGAAGCUCGGCAUUAUGUACAAUAUGAUCAAGGCGAAGACCGAUGGCUCUGUACGCUUUUGCUUCAACGAGGCUACCGAGUAGAGUAUUCGGCUGCAUCCGAUGCGUACACACACGCUCCUGAAGGAUUUAAUGAGUUCUAUAAUCAACGUCGUCGUUGGGUACCUUCCACUAUCGCCAACAUUAUGGACUUGUUAGCGGAUUACAAACACACGAUUAAAAUUAACGAUAACAUUUCGGCUCCUUAUAUUGCAUACCAGAUGAUGUUGAUGGGUGGUACUAUUCUGGGACCUGGUACUAUAUUUCUUAUGUUGGUGGGUGCUUUUGUGGCAGCCUUUAGAAUUGACAAUUGGACUUCUUUCGAAUACAAUUUGUACCCUAUUGCUCUCUUCAUGUUUGUUUGUUUCACCAUGAAAUCGGAAUAUCAGCUGUUAGUCGCCCAAAUACUAUCAACAGCGUAUGCUAUGAUAAUGAUGGCUGUCAUUGUCGGUACUGCACUUCAAUUAGGGGAGGACGGUAUAGGAUCACCUUCAGCCAUUUUCUUAAUUUCACUUUCUAGUUCAUUCUUUAUAGCAGCAUGUUUACAUCCGCAAGAGUUUUGGUGUGUCGUCCCCGGUAUUAUUUAUCUGCUAUCGAUUCCAUCUAUGUACCUGCUUUUGAUUUUGUAUUCUGUAACUAACUUGAAUGUCGUAUCAUGGGGUACUAGAGAAGUGCAAACAAAGAAAACUAAAAAGGAAAUCGAAGAAGAAAAGAAAGCAGCAGAAGAAGCUAAGAAAAAGGCAAAACAGAAAUCUUUGUUAGGUUUCCUUCAGGGAGUCAAUAGUAACGAAGAAGAAGGUUCCAUAGAGUUCUCGUUUGCUGGUCUGUUUAAAUGUUUACUGUGUACUCAACCAAAAGGAAAUGAAGAAAAGAUUCAACUCAUGCAUAUUGCUUCCACACUUGAUAAAUUGGAGAGAAAAUUGGAAAAUGUGGAAAGAAUUGUGGACCCGCAUGGACAAUUACGAGGCCGAAAAUUGUCAGUAGGACCCAGAGGUAGUACUAACGGUGACCAAUUGGUGACUGUAGCAGAGGGAGCGGAAGAAGAACACGGAUCUGAUUCGGAAACUGAAACAAUAUCCACAGUACCAAGGGAGACGCGAGAUGAUCUUAUAAAUCCAUAUUGGAUAGAAGACCCGGAAUUAAAAAAAGGAGAAAUGGACUUUUUGAGCCCAUCUGAACUAUCAUUUUGGAAGGAUCUUAUUGACAAAUAUUUAUAUCCUAUUGAUGCCAAUAAGGAAGAACAGGCUCGAAUUGCAAAUGAUUUGCUAGAACUUCGCAAUAAGUCAGUAUUUGCAUUUGUCAUGUUCAAUGCUUUAUUUAUAUUGAUAGUAUUUUUAUUACAACUCAACAAAGAUCAACUCCACGUGAUUUGGCCUUUGGGUGUAAAGACAAACAUUACGUACAUCGAGGAUACAGGCGAGGUAUUAAUAUCAAAGGAAUACUUACAAUUGGAGCCCAUCGGUUUAGUUUUUGUAUUCUUCUUCGCGUUGAUCUUAGUUAUUCAGUUUAGUGCUAUGUUGUUCCAUAGAUUUGGUACAAUAUCACAUAUAUUAGCAUCAACUGAAUUGAACUGGUUCUUUUCGAAGAAGACCGAUGAUUUGUCACAAGAUGCUUUAUUGGAUAAAAAUGCAAUAGCAAUAGUGAAAGAUUUGCAAAAAUUAAAUGGGCUGGACGAUGAUUAUGACAAUGAUUCGGGAUCAGGUCCACAAAAUGUUGGCAGGAGAAAGACUAUUCAUAACUUGGAGAAAGCUAGACAGAAGAAGAGAAACAUUGGAACAUUGGACGUUGCUUUUAAGAAAAGAUUCUUUAACAUGAACGCUAAUGAUGGUCCAGGUACACCAGUUCUAAAUCGCAAAAUGACGUUGCGAAGGGAAACUCUCAAGGCUUUGGAAGUAAGGAGGAAUUCUGUGAUGGCCGAGAGGAGGAAGUCACAGAUGCAAACGCUUGGCGCAAAUAAUGAAUAUGGCGUCACUGGAAUUUUAAAUAACAAUCCAGUUCCACCACGUCAUAGGACUUCGACAGCAAAUAUUUCAGUGAAAGAUGUUUUCGCUGAACCAAACGGUGGAAUGGUCAACAGAGGAUAUGAGACUUCUUUAGGAGACGAAGACGACAGUAAUUCAAUGAGACUCCAGCCUAGACAAAACCAAGUUUCCUUCCAAGCACGGUUCUAGUAAAGAUGCUUAUUGUCAGUGCUGCCAAAAUUACGAAUUAAAACAUCUAGUUUUAAGAAAUGUAGAUACUCAUUUAUUAGGAUAAUGCCUUUUUAUUUGGAACUUUUUGACAUCAUUUUUUGUGAUAUUCUUUUUUACGUAGUUACUUAUAGUGACAACAGACAUUGUGUUCUUUACUUAUUUAAGUACAGUUAAAACAAAAAUACUGAAUAAACACUGCCACUUUUGUAUAAUAUUUUUUUUUUGUUUAAGACAUAUAUAUAUACAAAUGAUUUUUUU